GAUACUUUGCCGAACAAUACCAUGAUAAUUCCUCUGUGGGCGUUCGGGCGUCGUACAAGCUCUUGGUACCACUCCAGCCGUCCUAACCGUAGCCCACAGUCGCUGGGUGGCAUGCCCAGUUUUUUUCCGCACGUCCGGGUUCGGAAUGCUGACGCAAUGAACAGUGACAUUUGGAAUAAUCGCCUUCGUGCAUGCCCGAUUUUCAAUAUGUGCGCCCAAGGGACGUAGCAAAGACAUCGAGCCUCUUGAUCUCGUGCGGCUGCAGAAUAAGUGCCUCAGGUCCAGAAUACAAAGCGGACAACACUAGGCCCUGGAGCAUCGUCAAUAUGGGCCGCAGCGGCAAAGACUUGUUGAACCACACCUUGCGAAAUGUACACCAGGCCUUCUAGGCCUGAGAACAACUGUGGUCGAGUGUCGGCUUAUGAUCUCCAUUGCACUUCAGGGCUGGGCGCUGGAGGGCGGGGCGCUGGAUGCGGCCACAGGUCACGGCGCUUGGCAGAGAGCCAGAGCAGCAACCCUUACGGCGCAGAAGCUGAAGAGGAGGAGGUCAAGAAGGAGAUCGAGGCGGUUGUGAGCGGCACGUGGGUUGUGGAGUCCCACGACGGCGACGACGAAUUCCUGCUGCCGCUGUUUAUUCUGGCCAUCGUUGGCAUGAUGCUCCCUUGCAAGUGCUUGUUCCAUGGUCGGCGGACGCCUGGGCACGAUCUUCUUCGCUGUCAAGUGCAAGAGCGAGGCGACCGAGAAGAGGCCGCCUCUGCAGGGUGGGGCAGCGCAGCUCCCCUCGGGCGACUUCACGGCCGGUCUCUGCGGUUGCCCCGACGACAAGACGCCAUUUGCCUGCACGCGUGCAUUUGCACAAUGUGCCGCGCCAGGGACACCUACCAGGCGGCUGGCAUCACGCAAUACUGGAUGGUGAUCGGCAUCUUCUUCCUCGCACGCAUUGUCGGCAGCGUCUGUGAGGGAGGCAUCCAGGUGCUGAUCGUCGAGAGGAUUUCUGAACGAGAUGACUCCCCAUACAACGCCAAUCGGGAAAGCCCCAGUACCUUUUCUCGGAUCUUUUGGGGAACCCUCAGUUCUCUGGUCAGGCCGCUCAUCGUGGGUGCCGCGCUCCAGAGUUACCGCCGCCAAUUGCGGGUAAAGCUCGGCGGGAGCGAGGCGGGGGGGGCCGAGCGUCAUCGUGGACCUCCGCAUGAUCGCGUUCUGCACGCCCUGCGUCGUCGCACAGGAAGCGCGUGAGCUCGACGCCGACACCGGCGUCAAAUCGGAGUGCUGCUAUACGCUGAAAGUCGCGGCGAGCGCGCCCCUGGACGCUCAGCCCUUCAUCGGCCAGCCGCAACCUUUCAUCGGCCAGCCCGUGCACCACGGGAACCUCGCGUGACACAGUGAGGGGAAGAAGGAGGCGGAGGGCGCGGCCUUGAGUAUCAUCAAGCUUCAAAGGUUCCGCAAUGUUCGAAAUGACCCUAGGCCGUCGCCGCAGCCCGAGCUAGUUUUUCGGUCCGUGUUUCAUUUGUUUUCGCACACGCCUCAAAUUGGACCUCGCCCCUCGCAAUAGCCUCGGCCCUGUUUCUGGUCUCGCGCGAGACUCUCCGUUCUCCUUUGCGGGUGGGUGGUUCGAUCGAUCACGAUACCCCUGGUGCCAUGUGGGGCUAGCCUAAUAUGAACCGCUUCGGGUCCCAGCGAAGUCUGGUCGACCCUUGGUGCGUGGCGCGUCACAUGCUUCUCUUCGAGCUGACAGACGGCGCUGCGGACUGUCAGUAAGCUGACAGGUAGCAGUCAGUGUGCAGCGGGCUCUGUGGGAUUCAGUGCGGCUUGCGGUGUGCUGGUGAA